GAUUUCCAGCCUCUGCUCUUUGCAGUUUCCUCUCCUUGUUUUGCUUUCGAUCUGGACUGUUCUCAGGCAAGCCGAAGGAGUAACUUUUAGUUUUGCUCCUGCGAUUAUUUCCACUGACCGGUUUUCAUUUUCCGUUUUUUUUUUUUUCUUUUUUUUUUUUUUUACACAACCUUAGCAACACUUGUGCAGGGAUUACACGGGUAGCGUUGAACAAGCAAGCACACAGUGAGAGAGAGAGAGGGAACUAUGCCUGUGGAAAGGAUGCGAAUGCGCCCGUGGCUGGAAGAGCAAAUAAACUCGAAUACGAUACCAGGGCUAAAAUGGUUAAGCAAGGAGAAGAAGAUUUUUCAGAUCCCUUGGAUGCAUGCUGCACGACAUGGGUGGGAUGUUGAGAAAGAUGCUCCUCUCUUUAGGAACUGGGCAAUUCACACAGGAAAGCAUCAACCAGGAGUAGAUAAACCGGAUCCAAAAACAUGGAAAGCGAAUUUCCGAUGUGCUAUGAACUCCUUGCCUGACAUUGAAGAAGUGAAGGAUAAAAGUAUAAAGAAAGGGAACAAUGCCUUCAGGGUCUAUAGGAUGCUGCCCUUAUCUGAAAGGCCUUCUAAGAAAGGAAAGAAAACAAAGACAGAUAAAGAAGACAGAGUCAAGCACAUUAAGCAAGAACCAGUUGAGUCAUCUUUUGGGCUUAGUAAUGGAAUAAGUGAGCUUUCUCCUGAAUACGCGGUCCUGACUUCAACUAUAAAAAACGAAGUGGAUAGCACGAUAAACAUCAUAGUUGUAGGACAGUCACAUAUUGACAGCAACAUCGAGGACCAAGUGAUUGUCACUAACCCACCCGACAUAUGCCAAGUUGUCGAGGUGACAACAGAAAGUGACGAACAGCCCGUCAGUAUGAGCGAACUCUACCCUCUGCAGAUUUCCCCCAUCUCUUCAUACGCAGAAAGCGAAACAACAGACAGUGUGCCAAGUGAUGAAGAAAGCACAGAGGGACGGCAACAUUGGCUGAAAAGAAACAUUGAAGGCAAACAGUACCUAAGCAACAUGGGGACAAGAAACAGCUACCUGCUGCCCAGCAUGGCAACUUUCGUGACCUCCAACAAGCCGGAUCUCCAGGUUACCAUCAAGGAGGAAAGUUGUCCUAUGCCUUACAACAGCUCCUGGCCUCUCUUCGCUGACCUCCCCCUAACGUCUUCAGUCUCUCAGGCUCCCACCAGCAGUCGUCCCGACCAGGAGACCCGGGCCAGCGUCAUCAAGAAAACGUCUGAUAUCACCCAGUCAAGAGUUAAGAGCUGUUAA